AUGGACGAGGAGCAGUUCGUGAGCAUCGACCUGGACGACGACAACGUCUGCAGCGUCUGCAAGCUGGGGACCGAGAAGGAAACGCUCUCCUUUUGCCACGUGUGUUUCGAGCUGAACAUCGAAGGAGUACCAAAGUCAGAUCUUCUACAUACACGAUCUUUAAGGGGGCACAGAGACUGCUUUGAAAAAUUCCAUUUAAUAGCGAAUCAGGACUGUCCGCGAUCAAAGCUCUCUAGAAGUCCAUAUGCAGAAGUAAAAAAUAUCUUGAGCAAAAAAAUUAACUGGAUCAUACAGUACGCACAAAACAAGGAUUUAGACUCUGAUUCUGAAAGCUCAAAAACGUCGCAACACCAGCUUUUUAACUUCAGACAUCAGACUGAUAGAAAAUUACUCCCACAGUUUGACUCCCCAGUACCUAGAUACUCUGCAAAAUGGAUAGAUGGGAGUUCUGGAGGCAUCUCAAGCUGCUCACAAGCUCUUCUGGAGCAAAGAGAAUCCACUGAUUUCGGACUCGGUGUGUUACAAGAAACAGGUGCUACCUUCUGUUGCAGCAGUGUUUUGUGGUCUAAUCACAGCCAAGCCCAGAAAGCUGAAAAAGCUGAAGGUGGUUCACUCACCGGUGUUUGUAGAAGGCAUCCUCAAUACAGCAGGGAAGAACUGACUAUGAUGACUCCUGGAGAGUUAAAGCAAGUUAAUGAAAAACUGCUCAAGCAAAUCCAGGAUGUGUUUGAAGAGCUGACGCAGCAAGUCCAAGAAAAGGACUCUCUGGCUUCAGAGCUCAAUGUCCGUCAUAUAGCUAUCGAGCAGCUUACGAUUGCGAGUCAGGGGAAGAGGAAAGCGUACACCUAG